GAUUUCCCUUUCCAGACGAGCAGGUGUGCGCAAACCACCCCUAAUAAAUGGGACGACUGAUUUACUGUUAACGUGAUGAUUUUAUAUAGAGUUUGACUGAAAAAAUCUAUACAAAGUUCCGUUAAUUGACAAAAGGCUUGUCCCCACUCUGAAGGGGGUUACUUCUGUUGUUGACUUCAGUAGUCUCACAGCUGGCAUUAGCAACAUGUCCGUUGUGGAUAAAAUUCAGCAUUAUCAGCGAAAUAUCGUGAAAUGCUCGGACAACGUAGAAAGGAUGAUGCACUGCAUCUCAAAGCUGUAUUCGUUGCCUGUAACGGUUCAACAUCUACAAGAGACUGGUGUGGGGCGUACAGUGAAUGCAUUGCGAAAGUAUGAUGGGGAUGUGGGAGAGGCAGCCAAGGCUUUAGUAGCUAAAUGGAAGACAAUGGUAGCAGAUGAAGAAUCCAGUGAUGGUGAUUAUGAAGAUGAGGGAUGCGCCCUAGAUCCCCCAGAAGACAAUGAUGAAAAUUCAAACUCUUCAAAGAUAGAUGCAGAUGACGCGAAAGAAUUGGGACACAGCAGUCAUGAAACAAAACAAAGGCAUACCAAUAAAUUGGACAGAAACAAAUCAUCGAAAGAGAGUUCAAAGAAUUCGUCAAUGGAUAGUUCGAAAACUAAGGAUAAAUCUCAUAGCAGUAGUGGAAAUGAUAGGCACAAGCAUUCAAAGGUUGAUAAAGAAAAACGUGAACAUAAAUAUGAGUCAAGAAGUGAAAAAAAAUCAAAAAAAUCUAGGGACUCAAAAAACGAAAAGCAUAGAUCGAGAUCGGACGAGUUAGGAAGGGAUGUAGUAAAAGUAUCAAACAGCAGUGUUUCUUCGAAAAAUGAAGAUGUUCACAGAAAAAGAAGAUUGGACAGUUCCUCCAGUGAAAGGGAAAGUAGCAAAAAAAGGAAAGCAUCAGAAACCGAAAUAGCAGACCUCGAGACUCCUUUGUCGCCUGUCGAAGAUAAUGGGAAUGAUAUAUUACCAUCUCUAUCGGACGAGUCCAAUUCCGAAGAGGAGGAAAUGCCAAAUGCAGAAAUCAAACAAGAGCCUCCAUCUCCUCCAAUAAAAAAUAGAGAACUUGCUGAGAAAAGUGAAGAAAGGAGUGAAAGAAAAAGCUCAAAGGAAAAAGGCAGGGAUAGUUCUAGCAAGUCAAGAUCCUCGAGCCUGAGCGAAAAGUCAAAGCGUGACGAGGACAAAGACAAAAAGAAAAAUAAUACACUCGAUGAUCACAGAAAGAGCGAGAAACGAAAAGACGAGAGUUAUCGUUCCAGCAAGGAAAUUUCUAAGUCAAAGAAUCAUCCUAGUUCCUCUAGCAGUAAGGAUAAAAUUAAAGAUAAGGAGAAAGACAAGGAAGACAAGCAUAAAGAAAAGCAUAAAAGUAAGAAGGAGUCGAAGCACGGAAAGGAUCCAAAAGAUGUCAAGGUCAACUUCAAAGAACCUAAGGAGAAAAAAAAGGUGAAACAAGAAAUUAAUGGAGACGAAGGGAUAGACUGCAAUUCUGGUGCGAGUUUUGCAGAGGCUUUGGGAAUGUGUACGAUGCCUCUGCCAUCGCGAAAACGUAACAAUAACUCUCCAAACUUGUCACCAACAAAAGUCAUUAAAACCGAACCAAGCACAUCAUCCUCAGUAACCAACAUACCUUCUAUGAACAUCAAGACUGAGGCUCCUUGCGUCGUUGAUCCACAUCAACCGUCAUUACUAGCACCGAAUGUAAAGCUGGAACCGCUAAGCGUGGAUUUAGCUUCUACCUUACCUGAAAUUAACCCGAAUUAUAAACCACUGCCCUACGUAAAUCCAAUUCAUCGAAAACAAGAGGAGGACAGAGCACUCAGUGAAGUGAUAUAUGCUAAGAAUCAGAGAACAAAAGUUUAUUCUGGAAAUAAGUCAACAUAUACAAACGUACCGUCGCUCUACGAAAUGUGUAUUAGAAUUUUGAUAGAAAACAUUGAAGCACUCGAAUUUACUGGCGGCGUACCCUACGAUAUUAUUAAACCAGUCUUAGAGCGGGCUACUGCCGACCAACUAUUCAUGCUGGAACAUCAUAAUCCAUAUUUGAUUGAGGAUACGGAUCCAUUGUGGCAGUUCCAUUGUAGUCGUGAGUUUCGAUGUAAACAGCGAGAAGAAAUGGAAACCUGGCGCGAGAUGUAUAUGCGUUGCUUAGAUGAAAGAGAAGCAAAACUAAAGGCCCUCACGGCAAAUAUAAAACAGUCGAUAGAUAAAUCGCUUCCUGUGAGGUCUGCCAAACUCGCCUAUGUGGAUAACGUUGUGAAACCUCCGCGACACGUACUGAGAAAGCAAGCCAAGUACGGAACAGCGACAGCGACACCAAGUUCUACGUCGGAUUUGAAGAAAAAACUUAUUGCUGGUGGGGGGAGUAACUCUGCCACGAAUAUAUCUGUUCCACCGCCGCCAAUGCCACGAUCAAAAACAUCAUCAUCCGGUGUGUUGAAGAAAACUAAGGCUCCGCUAAUGGCAAAGGCGUUACAAUUAAUAAAGGGUCGAUAUAAACGAUAGUUUAAAUAACUUACCGGUAGGAUCAUUCAGUUCGUUUACAAUCAGGAGCUAAUUUAUACACGUUGGUUUGUUCGCUGUUGGCAUUUUGUCCUAAUUAAUUGUAUGGCUAGAAUUACGGCCGCAUUGACAGUGCAGUCUGUAUAUUUCCAAUCGUGAUGAUGUUUUCGUCCGCGAACAGAAUUUUUUGAUUCUUUUUUGUAUGUUUUUAUGCAAACAACCCAUUGAUGAUUAUGUAUUGUAUCCCAAUAUUUGUUGCCUGCAAAGUUAUUACGUCGAAGGCAGUUUAGAAGUAUAUUGGCGUGUAUAAAAUAUAAUUGUAUGAAGUAACGAGGUUUCGUAAUCACAAGUGUUUUCAUCAAUUUAAAAUACGUAUCCAAGACAGUCAUUAUAUGGAACAGAUUCAUUCCUUGCAUGAUCAGUUUUUUCGUCUUGAAUUCUUAAAUGCGUUAUCAUAUUCAUAAUCAAUGUGUGACGGCAUUUGUUUCCUGAUAUUCGUUUUAUUGACUGUUGACAACGUAAGAAAAGCGUCGUUCUUUAAAAUAUUUAAUCUUUCAAUUCGAAAGUGAAUGACGUGUGCACCUCGUGGCUAUUAUCUAACUUCAUAAUUUAUGCAUACUUAUCAAUUAAUUUUUAGAAUGAUACACUGCAUGGUCAUAAUAAAUUAAGUAAAUGUAGAGCGGCUGGCACUUUGCCAAAGAAAAAAGAAAAAUGAAAAAGAAGAAUUGUGGAACUCCAUAUAAGGAUUAUGAAAAUUAAAAAAAUUUAGAACAAUACUAGUAUGUCGAUGAUGAUAUUACUUUAAUUCUUGAAUGAUACCAAACAUUGCCGUCUUUGACGACAUACUUUAUUGGUUUAACUCGCGAGACCAAAUUUGAAAGAAAAAGUGAAACAUCUUUUUUUGUCGCAGAUCAAUUUGAAAUUAACCGAUGAUAGCACGUACUGUAUAUAUUUAUAAUUAUAACAAAAUUUAGGACUUUCGAACAAAUAUUUUUCCUUUCCUACUUGCUAGGGGUUCCUUUUGCUACUUCCACGUAAAGUUAAGGUGGGCUUGAAGACUUAAAUUACACGUCUUUUAAGGUAUUCCGAGUGCGAAAGUGCGUUUUUUGUUUGUGCUUAAGCGGGGUCCCGAAUAUUCUCGAACAUACAAAGCUGUACUGCCGUGAAACGAUUUUAAAAGGUUUUUAUUAAACUUUGUGGUGCAUAAAGCUUGCGGAAUUUGUAAAUUGUAAAUAAUUUUCCAAUUUUUUUUUUCUCCAAAAAAUCGAAUUUCUGGUGACGGUGAUAGCACAGCUGUCGAUGUAUGUAUGUACAGCGUUGUCAGCUAUCUCUCCGCUGAAACCAUCAUGAUUGUAGAUUGUAGUAUUGUAGAUAGUAUUGUCUUGCGAAAUUUUUUUUUUUUAAUAUUUCAUUUUUUUUGAAGUGACAAUCAUUAAGAAGUCCGUGAAUUGAGGCUAAAGUUGUUUUAACACGAUACUACACGAUGAAAUUGAUGUAAUAGCGAAAAAUUAAGAAUUUCUAAAGAUUAUCGUUCUAUACUCGGAAUACCUUAAUUGCAUUUCGCAUGCGUUACUAGUUCAUUUCUUUAAUUAUCCAGCUUUUCAAAAAUAUUUGAAACUUCAGUCCAACUUCAUUUAUUUUAUUUAGUACGUUUUGUUCGUAUUUAUCUACUCUACUUGGGGGGCCAUCCUAUAUAACAGUUUAUAAUAUCAGAGUCCCCUAAGUGAGUGUAAAUCCGAUUUCGUGAUCCCUGACUAUCUUCACAUACCUUAGUAAAAGUUUCGGAUAGGAAUUCAAUCCGGAUUGAUCCGAAAUUUUGCGAACUAUUCCGAAAUCUGUUUCCGUCCCAAUCCGAGGUCAUUCGAGCAAAACUAAAGCAAGUUUCUAAUACUUUUCAAUCUGUGCCUCAACGUCAAGUUCAAUCCGAAUAAAUCUGUGGCACAUAUGGAAAAACUAUUUCAAUUGGUGCAUCCAAUCUGAAUGAUUCCGAGGUUCAUCCUUCUUAAUUCGAGUAUCCUCUCGAAGUUCAAUCCGAAUGAAUACGAAACCAAUCCAAAAUAAACUGUCAAACCUUUUUCAUCUGUGCGUCUAACCCGAGUGAAUCCGAAUCUCACCCGGAGCAACUUUCAAUGUUUCUGAGUAUCGAUUUCGAAUUAGGUCGAUUCAGUCAGAUACGAUCCUUAUUAUUCACGGAUUCGUUCGGCGAUUACCUAUCUCGAAAUAAAAUGGAUUCAGACAGACAGAAAUUGUACUAUCCGAAACUUUCACCAGGUUAAAUACAAUAUUUUAUUCGUGAAAUGAAUUUCGAAUUAUUUUUAGUCUUUAUACGUAUUAGGUAAAUAAUUAUCGAUCUCUUCGAUCAUUGGCUGCUCGAAGUUUCAAAAGAAUUGAGUGGUUCUCCUUUGUGGCAAAUAAUAUGGAAUUAUGACAAUUUAUAUGCAGAAAGAUACACACAAAAAUACAUACUUAAGUAGUGAGA